AUGGGCAACAAUCUGACGAACAUGAAGCUGCUGGUGUCGGUCCUGCUGGUGGCUGCUGUGGUUGUGGUGUUGGUGGACGCAGGAGGUAAAGGCAGUGGGAAAGGAGGUGGCGGAGGUAAAGGCCAGUCAGGUGGCGGUGGCAGCAGUGGUGGUGGCAGCAGUGGUGGCGGUGGUGGUGGUGGUGGCGGUGGUGGUGGCAGCAGCAGCGGGAGUGGUGGAGGUGGCAAGAGUGGCGGAGGUGGCAGUGGAAGUGGUGGGGGUGGCAGCAGUGGUGGGGGUGGCAGUGGAAGUGGCGGGGGUGGUGGCAAGGGGAAAGGGAAACGCAGUGUGCUGCUGGAGCCCCUGCCACAUGCCGUGAUCCACGGCCCCGUGCCUGCCUACCCCCAUCUCUAUGUGCCAGUGCUGCCCUACGGCUACGUCAAGCACCAUGGUCCUGUCCUCCACGGAUAGAAGCAAGUCUUAAAGGCCAGCAAAUGAAGAGAGAAUGCCCAGUUCCUGAGUAGCAGUAAUGCUCAACAAUCCAAGGAGAAACAACAAGGAAUUAAAUACCACAUUGUAAAAAUCUUUAUUAUUGUUGAAAAGAGGAUAAAAAUAAACUUACAGUGUACUUUCGA